UGCUCCAAUUAGGCGGAAUCAUCCAAAGGGCAUCCAACCAUUAUGGACCAAAAAAUUGUAUGGUUAUUCCAUACUCUACAUAAAAAAUUUUAUGGUGGGUGAUUCAUAUUUUUCUAACAAUUUUAGGUUAUCCGUAUGACUCCCUUGAAGAUUCUCUCAGUCGAUACGCAGAUCCCUCGCUUCCUUUGACUUCCUGUAUCUCAAUUUGAUUUUUUUAUUGGAUAGUUAAAGAACAAUGAGCUACCCAAAUGGAUUGGUAUCACAAGGGAAGCAGCCUCUUUUCUCAUUUGGGGUUAUCACAGAUGUCCAGUAUGCUGACAUUCCUGACGGGCGUUCGUUUCUUGGUGUUCCUAGAUAUUACAGAAACAGCAUUCUAGUGUUGCGAAAGGCAGUGCAACAUUGGAAUAAUCACCAAAAUAUUAGUUUUUCGCUGAAUCUUGGUGACAUUGUGGAUGGGUUUUGUCCCAAAGGCCAAUCUUUAGAAGCUGUCAAGAAAGUGAUUGAAGAAUUUGAUAAGUUCAAUGGUCGUGUGUAUCAUAUGAUUGGCAAUCACUGCCUCUACAAUCUCCCUCGCAGCAAGUUGCUUCCGUUGAUGACUUUUCCUAAUGUUGACCGUGCUUACUAUGACUUUUCUCCGAUCCCAGAGUACAGAUUUGUUGUUCUUGAUGGUUAUGAUAUUAGUGCAAUUGGUUGGCCUCAUGAUCAUCCUCACACCAUUGAUGCUGUAAACUUACUUAACGAGAAAAACCCUAAUUUGGAAAAGAAUAGCCCAGAUGGAUUAGUGGAUCUUGAAAGAAGGUUCCUGAAAUUCAAUGGGGGAGUUGGGAAAGAACAGUUGAAAUGGCUAGACAAAACACUCGAAGAUGCGACAAAAUCCAAUCAAAAAGUUGUUGUAUGCUGCCAUAUUCCCCUAGAUCCCGGAGCUUCAUCAAAACAAGCACUUUUAUGGAAUUACGAUGAAGUUAUGGAUGUGAUACAUCGGUAUGAUUGUGUGAAGGUUUGCUUAGCUGGCCAUGCUCAUAAAGGUGGACACUUUCUUGACUCUUGUGGGGUACAUCAUCGGGUACUUGAAGCAGCACUGGAAUGUCCUCCUGGCACGAAUGCAUUUGGAUAUAUAGAUGUUUAUGAAGACAGGCUAUCGCUUAUUGGUACUGAUCGAAUGGCUAGCAGUGAAAUGGUUUUUAACCACUAAAUAUACUAGAUUAUAUCUGCUUUAUCCAAGCUUUAUAGGUAUAUAUGUGAAUUAAUGUACUGAAAGGCAUUUGAGUUACUGGCAUACAUGUCAUUGGGUUUGUACUGAUUCAAUUCGUUGUGA